CGGCGGCGUGGCCAUGGAUCCCCUGGCCGUGCUCCGGGACUACGCCGCCCGCGGCGACCUGGACAAGAUCAUCUUCAACGGCGACGACGUCCUCUUCGGCGACGACUACACCUUCCCGGCCAACCUCCCCACCGCCUUCGCCUCCAAGCAGUCCGGCCGCCCCUACCCGCUUUCCGCCACCGUCUUCCUCGCCCAGCACAACGACCUCAAGCACACCGAGUUCCUCCAGGCCGCCCGCCUCCGCCGGAUCCCGCCCGUCUCCCUCCCGGACCGCAAGACCAUCCACGAGGUGAGGGACAAGCCGGCCUCGCUCAAGCCCGACGACUGGGCGCGGGUGGUGGCCGUGUUUCGUGGCCGCGACGGCAAGGCGGCGGCGUCCUUGGCGCUCGUUGUUGGAAAUAUGCCCUAG